AUGCCAAGCACGCUACUGUUUGCGAACAACAAUGAAGGCCGAGUCUACGCGCUCUCCACCUCCGGUACGGCCUGGCGCGAGUUCCUGUACUUGGGACUGGAGUUUAAAAAGAUAAGUGUUGUGCCUCACUUUAUGUGGGCCAUCGGUGGAGAUCGGCAAGUUUAUGUGCACGUGCACGGACUGGACGUUCCGAUACGCAUCAAGGAGGAAGCGUUCGAAAACGAACGAUGGCUGCCGAUCGAAGGUUUUUCCAGCCAUCUGCUGCCGACCGAUCGGUACCAUUUCUCCAAUGUCGACGGUACGGUUGAUCGCCAGAUUGAUAAGCUGCGGUUGCCUUCUAUGGCGUGGCAGUGGGAAGGCGAGUGGCAACUUGAUCUCACCCUCGAAGGCCAGCCGCUGGAUCACGAUGGCUGGACGUACGCAGUCGAUUUUCCGGCCACCUACCAUCCGCAGAAAAACUGGAAAUCGUGCGUGCGGCGUCGGAAAUGGAUACGCUUUCGACGCUACUGUGCACUGAAUUCGUGGUGCGCCGUGGCUCCGCUGCAUAAGGAUCCUACGCAGGAACCGUUCAUCGAUGUUUCGAUUGGUGGUUCGAUCGUUCCGGGCAGCCCAUCCGGUUUGCUGCUUGUAUGGGCCGUAACUGCGCAUGGGCGGGUGAUGUUUCGGUCAGGGGUCAGUACGACGGCUCCAGAAGGACUUCGUUGGACUGCCGUAACGACACCGUCCGGUUGCGAAGUGUCGCAGAUCGCGGUCGGUGCCACAGGGUUGGUUUGGGCCGUUCUAUAUAAUGGCCGCGCUAUCGUACGGGCUGGCGUCACGAGGGACGCGCUAACCGGGAGCGCUUGGCUGGAGGUGAAACCACCGGGAGCGAACCUGAAGAUUGUUCAAGUAGCUAUCGGCACCAACUCGGUCUGGUGUGUCACGAACGACAAUCACGUGUGGUUCCGACGUGGGGUCCGCGGCGAAGCGUCCGGCGUCAGUGAAGAUGCGGCCAUUGGCAGCAGCUGGGUCGAAAUGGUUGGCAAUAUUUCGCACAUUUCCGUGGCCGCCAACGAUCAGGUGUUUGCCGUUGGAUCGGAGGAUCGGGCCCUGUACUUCCGCUCGGGCGUUUCCAGCAGUGAUCCGACCGGUAAGAAGUGGCGCCUCAUUCAGCUUCCGAUGCAGCUGAGCCGCACUUCGAGCAACUUUUCGUUUUCAAGUCGCCAAAGUGGCAGCAGCUCCCCAACGGCCAAGCACCGCAGCCUGAACAGUCUGUACCGCGAACGUCUGCAGCAGGAGACGAUGGGCAGCGACGAGGGCGGUGUUGGUUCAGCGAUCGGCGCCGGGAUCGAGGAAACUUCUCGUUCAGCCCCAACGGCAAACAUCAAAAGCAGGCCCGAGCUGUGGAACAAGCCGGAACUGUCGCCGGAUGUGAUCGCGCAGCAGAUUGAAGCGAAACACGUUGGCAGUCUGGUGGAGCGCAAAUUGGUGCAGAAAAUGUCGCUCGAAAGCAUGACAGCGUCGAGCGUGCCGCUGAACGAAGUUUACGAGAUUUCCGGCAAACAGCUGAAAAAUUCCCGGGCCUGGAGUCCGGUCCGGUCGGUGGGAUCCGUUGUUGGGACCGAGGCUCAUCCGGAAACCGAUUCGAUUGUGUUCGAGGGUGAAAGCUCGCGCGAUUCGGGCGUUUUUGGUGAAUGCGAAGAUCACGGAGGGUCCCAGAACUGGACGGACUGCGGAGUGCUGUGGGUCGGGUGCUCUGCCGGGGCCGUGACGGUCGACCCGCAUCUGCUGCCGAACUGGUUCCACGACAGUGUCUCGCAGACAAACGCCGCCGAGGAAGUGAACCAAUCUUGGCGACUGAAACUACUGGACGAUCUGAAGAACCGAUUGCCGGCCAACGUGUUGGAAAGCGGUGCCUACGCACACUACGAGAAAGCGAUCGCGAUGAGCUCAUGGGUCAAAUCGGGAGAAGCACGAUGCGCCAAGACGGGCCAUCCGUUCGAGGACUGCUUGAUCGAGCUCGAGUGGGUGAACAAUCAAGAGUGUGGGCCCGAUUCAGGAACAUUGACCGUCCUGAACCCGGACGGAAUCACAACCAAGAUGCAGCUGUCAUUGUCCGAAAUCACCGCCAUCAUGUGCUGCAGUGAGCCGGGCUCGCCGCGUCUAGCGAUUCAUGCUCCGCGUCUAACACCCGGUUCAUCGCCCUUGAAGCUGCAGUUCAGUGGAGACACGGAUUUAGAAGAUUGGAGUUCACACCUCACUUCCGUGUGCUGUCAGAUCAACGAAGUGCAGGGAAGGCCUGCCACUAAUGCCAUGUGGAUCACGUCCGGAUUAGGCGAUGUUUUUGCUUUCGAUCCCACCAAUCUGCAGGCUUCGCAAUGGAGCCAGGAAGCGCAAGGCUACCGCUUGGAACUGGACCUAAAAGCUGCCGAAACUCCCUACUUAACUGCGCUUUACAACGGUAUGCUUAUCGGUUCACGAUUGGAAAUUACCGGUUUCGUGUAUGAUGACGCCGACCAGAUCCGUUUCGACCUGCAAGCGCACCCGACGGUACGCGUCCGGCACAAACCCGAAUCGCAGCGUAACAUUCCUCUCCACAUCAACCCACGGUUCAAUGAAAAGUUGACCGUCUUCAACUCCAUGCUGGCUUCGCAGUGGAACGAGGACGAAAUACGCGAUCGGCGUGUUUCCUUUGCGCCAGGGGCAGAGUUUAAGCUCGAGAUAUGGAGCGCCGCUGAUGGAUUUCGGGUGCGAGUCAACGAGAAGGACCACCCGACGUUUCACUAUCGUAGCGGGUUGGCCCCGGACAUGGUGUGCAGCUUAUACAGCAGCGGACGCGUCAAGAUACUGCACAUAACGUAUGACAGCCCGAAGCUGAUACUUCCACUGCGUGACGUGUACUGGCGACAGAUUGGUGGCCACAUGAAACGAGUGAUCGCCUGCAAGGCAGGUGUAGUUUGGGGUCUGGGCUAUGACAAUACCGUGUGGAUGUACACGGGCGGCUGGGGUGGCACUUUCCUGAAAGGACUGGAGAAUAGCACCCACGGCAUCAAUCCGAUGACGGACACCCAAAACUACUACAUCUAUGAGAACCAACGGUGGAACCCACUGUCGGGCUUUUCGUCCACGGGUCUACCGACGGAUCGGCACAUGUGGAGCGAUAUAACAGGCAAGCACAAACGGAGCAAGGAACAUGCGAAACUGUUGUCGAUGCACUGGCAGUGGAUCAGUGAUUGGAUGGUGGACUUUCACAAUCCCGGUGGCGUGGACCGGGACGGAUGGCAGUAUGCCGUUGACUUCCCCGCUUCGUACCAUGCGAAGAAACAGUUCACCGACUACGUGCGACGCCGCCGAUGGUACCGUAAGUGUCGGCUGACAACCAGUGGACCGUGGCAGGAAAUUGGCAACACGAAAAUAGUAGACGUGUCGCUGCAACCGGACAGCGAUGCAGCGGACUGUUCGAUUACUGUGUGGGCCAUUGCGGCCAAUGGCGAUGUACUGCUUCGCCGGGGCGUGUCACAGUCUCAACCCGCAGGAACGGGAUGGGAGCACGUGCCCUGUGAUCAGCCCCUGAUCAGCAUCAGUAUUUACGGGAACAAGGUUUGGGCGGUGGGAAAAAAUGGAGCGGCUCUUAUGCGGUGUGGCAUAACGGUGGAAAAUACGAUCGGGACUAAAUGGCAAUCGAUUGAAGCACCCGGUGGCGUUAGCUUCAAACAGAUCUCCGUAGGAAAGUGUGGUAUUUGGGUGCUGGACACGACCGGGCGUCUAGCUGUGCGGAAGGAGAUUAAUGAAACGUUCCCCGAAGGCAGCCACUGGCAGCUGUUGCAAAACAUCUUGAACGAUCCGCCGCACUACGAGGGAAACAUUGGCUUCAAAAAUGUUUCCGUUGGUGAUCACGUGUUUGCUGUCUCUCAAUCGGGCUACGUAUGCAAACGAAGUGGUGUUACACCACUGAUUCCCGCUGGCACUGGGUGGAUUCUUGGAAUACAGGCCAACUGGAACUUCGUUAACGUGACGGGCUUCUGUAAUUGAAUUGAGAUGAAUUCAAAUUUCAACAUAUACAACCAACCAAAUAACAGUUCUGCGACUGCUUAAGACCCACAAAGAUGCUAUUGCUUCUGCUAUAUUUUACAGAGACAGAAUCUUCUUGUGAAUGUUCAUGUGCUACCAUAUUUAUUAUUUGGCACAGAUCCACAUUACUCUA